AUGUGUGUAACUGUGUAGUACAACUGGAAGCCGUGGUAGCAACAACAUGUCGCUUGCCUGGAAUCCUUCGAAGAAAAACAGUGAACAUGAGAGAUGGAUAUGUAUCUAUCCAAUAUAUUUAAACAACAAGAGAAGUUUGGCAAAUGGACGAAAGCUGGCCAAGGAUAAGUGUGUAGAAAAUCCAACGCAUCAGGAAAUACGGGAUGUCUUGUUGGCAGCGGGUCUCAAUGUAGGCGUUGAGAAUAAGCUGCAUCCGAAAGAACGUAGCAAGGAACCUCUAUUCCGAGGUCGUAUUCGCGUGCAGCUAAAAAAUGACGAUGGAACACCGGUAAAAUCCGAAUUUCCUACUAGAGAUUCCCUGCUGGAGUACGUCGGUACCUCAAUUUCAAAGCUGAAGACUCGCCAGGGUAAGCAGAGUUCUAGCGAGCAAGCAUCGCAGCCAUCUACGUCGACUUCAAAGAAAGGGAAAGGCAAAGGCAGGAGAUAAAGAAGAGGAGAUGGAACUGUUAAGAGUGAAUUUUUAUUUAUAUUUAUAUAUUUUAUAUUAUACAAAACGUUUGAAUAUAUAUGCUCAUUCUUAAAUUCUAUGCUUUAUCACAUCAUAUAUAUAAGACAAAAAUUAAAAUAAUGCUAUAAAUGAA